AUGGGACAUCUGGAGUUAAUACUAGUAUUAACAUGGAUAACAGGUUGUUUUACCAUAGACAACAACGCAAAUAGAUAUGAUGUGACAGAGAGAGAUGCAGUGUUGGCUUCCUGUGAUUUCAACCAAAAUGAAGUACCAUUCUGCAACUUCCAACAAGACACCACAGAUAACGGUGACUGGACGCGUCACAGUGGACCCACCCCAACCCCAGGCACUGGACCUAAUGGAGACUAUCCGGAUGGAACUGGCUUUUACAUAUAUCACGAGGGUGACAACUCUAUAAAUGGACAGAGCGUACGCCUUCUCAGCCCAGUUAUUAGUAGUGGACCUUCUGAGAUCUGCGUACAGUUCUACUACUACAUGUAUGGCUCUGACAGCAGUAACACCCUGACUGUGUUUGCCAAACGUCCUGGCUCUGAGGAACAAAUGUGGCAAAAAACUGGGAUACAGAGCCCGUCAUGGCUUGGAGCCUCUGUCAGUGUGCCAAUACCAGCUGGAGAGACUGCUCAGAUUGUGUUUCAAGCAAUGCGUGGGCACUCCGCAUCAUGUGACACUGCCCUGGAUAACAUUGUCUUCACUGAGGGACCCUGUGCUGGCUGUAUAGCUGGGUGUGAUUUUGAUGAUAAUGUUGAAUGCAGCUGGACGAAUGUGAUAACUAAUGAUCAAAUAUUUGGUUGGGAGCUUUGGAAUGGACAGACAGAUACACCAGGCACUGGCCCUGAUGAUGACUUCUCCAAACCAGGAUUGGGGUCAUACCUGUUAAUGGACUCCAGCUUUAGCAUUGAAGGAGAAUCCGCUCAGCUCUGGAGCCCCUCUACCUCAGCCUCUGGUUGCCUACAGCUGGACUUCCAUUACUACAUGUAUGGCAGUGCCACCAGCAUGGAGCUAAAUGUCCAUGCAGUCACCACUGGUGUAGCACUUGGAGCCCCUAUUUUCAGCCUCAAAGGAAAUCAAGGACAGGGCUGGAAGCCUGCAAGCGUUCGCUUCAUUGGUUCAGCUGAUUCAGUGGAGUUUGUAAUUGUAGGUGUUUAUGGUGAAACAGACAAGACAGAUAUUGCAAUUGAUAGUGUCUGCAUUACCACUUGUACAGCAACUCCAACAACACCUAAGCCAUCCCCACCCCAACCCACUACACCUAAACCAACGACAGCAGGUCCAUCAUCACCUAAUCCAUCUACACCCCAACCUACUUCACCUAAACCAACGACACCAGGUCAAUCAUCUCCUAAUCCAUCUACACCCCAACCUACUUCACCUAAACCAACGACACCAGGUCAAUCAUCUCCUAAUCCAUCUACACCCCAACCUACUUCACCUAAACCAACGACUCCAGGUCCAUCAACUCCUAAUCCAUCUACACCCCAACCUACUUCACCUAAACCAACGACACCAGGUCCAUCAUCUCCAAAUCCAUCUACACCCCAACCUACUUCACCUAAACCAACGACACCAGGUCCAUCAUCUCCUAAUCCAUCUACACCCCAACCUACUUCACCUAAACCAACGACUCCAGGUCCAUCAACUCCUAAACCAACAACACAUAAGCCAACUACCCCAGGACCAACACCACCAGUGAACUGCCCUCCAGACUCCGAGUACAUUGAUUGCGGCCCAGCCUGUAUUCCUACCUGCGCAGAGCCCUCUACUAACUGCUCUGGUUCUUGCAUCAGCGGCUGCUUCUGUAAACCAGGAUUUGUUUUCCGUGGUCGGCGCUGUGUUCGUAUUGAGCAGUGUGGAUGUCUGGAUGAAGAAAACAAUUACUUUGAGCCUGGUGAGAUCAUAUUUGGAGAUGGCUGUUCCAAGUUGUGUCGCUGUGCUGGCAACUACACCUUCGACUGUGUGGACAACACCUGUGACCCUGUGACAGAAGAAUGUCGGGAGGUUGGUGGAGUGCACGGCUGCUACCCUAAAGAAACCUCCACCUGUAUUGCCUCUGGUGACCCCCAUUAUAACACCUUUGAUAACCGGCGCUAUGACUUCAUGGGAAACUGUUCUUACCUGAUGUCCGAGGCUUGUAACAGCACAGACGUGCCUUACUUCGCUGUGUACACAGACAAUGAGAAUCGCUACAACAAUCCUCAUAUCAGCUAUGUAAAAGCAGUUCAUGUCCAUGCGCUGGGAGUCGUAGUGUCCAUUCUGAAAGGAGGAACUGUUCAAGUCAAUGGAACUAAUGUAAACAUUCCUCUGAGUCCUGUCAGUGGUGUUGACAUUUUUAUGUCUGGCAAGCACUACACAGUGGCCUUGAGCUUUGGAGUAACCGUACGUUAUGAUGGAAACCACUAUAUGGACAUAAAAAUGAUCAAGGACUAUGAGGACAAACUUUGUGGACUGUGUGGGGAUUACAACGGAGACCCUCAGGAUGACUUCCAGACCCCAACUGGUGAACUAGUCCAAAGCCCCAAUGACUUCGGCCACAGCUGGAACACAGACCCUGAGUGUAACAAGCCAGAGGUUGGCCCAUCCCCAGGAUGUACAGAUGCUGAGCAGGAGUUGUAUGAAAGGCCUGCUUACUGUGGUAUCAUAUUGGACAGCAAUGGCCCAUUUGCUUGCCAUCCAAAAGUCAACCCCAAUGGUUUCUUCCAAGACUGUCUGUUUGACGUUUGUGAGCUGGAUGGUGCUCAUUCUGCUUUGUGUGAAGCAAUAGAGUCAUACGUCAAUGAAUGUCAGGACCGUGGAGUCACAAUUGGACCCUGGAGAAACAGCACCUUCUGUCCUCUGAAAUGCCCACCCAACAGUCACUUUGAAUCGUGCGCACCAGUUUGCCAGCCUUCCUGCACUCCAUUUCCACCAAGUCAGUGCAGCGGGCCUUGUUCUGAAGGAUGUGUUUGUGACCCGGGAUAUAUCCUCAGUGCUGGCCAGUGUGUGAAAGAAGAAACAUGUGGUUGUAGCUAUAAUGGAAAUUAUUAUCAGCCAGGCGAAGAGUUCUACACUAAGGACUGUGAGCAACAGUGUAAGUGCGACCCCCCAUUUGUAACCUGUAAAGCUGCCGACUGCCCACCAAUGGAACAAUGUGGAGUACAGGGUGGUGUAAUUGGGUGUUACCCACAAGAAUCUCAAGACUGUAUUAUCUCUGGUGAUCCUCAUUAUAACACCUUUGAUGGCAAAUACUACAGCUACAUGGGCACUUGCACCUACACUCUGGCCCGCACCUGCAAAAACAACACUGGCCCCUGGUUCUCCGUAGAGGGUAAGAAUGAAGAGAGAGGAGUUUCUGGCGUUUCUUACCUGAGGAAACUGUACGUGACUGUAGAUGGCAUCACUGUGACACUGAUGAAGAACAAGAGAACUCUGGUGAAUGGACUCAGGGUGUCUCUUCCUCACUCCCCAUCUCCACUCAUUUCGCUGUCUCUUGCUGGACAAUAUGUUAUCCUCACAACUCCGUUCGGCCUGGAGGUGCAGUGGGACGGCAACCAUUACGCCAAGAUCUCAGUUCCUAGUUCCUACUAUGACCAGAUGUGUGGCCUGUGUGGGGACUACGAUGGAAACCCCAAUAAUGAUUUCACUAAGCCAGAUGGCUCCCAAACGGACAGCUCAAGUCAGUUUGGUGACAGCUGGCAAACCGAUGAGGAUGAGGAUGCAACGUGCAAGCCGGACCCCGGGCCUCAACCACCCUGCGAUCCUGUGCUGGAGGGUGUCGUGUCAAACCCAGAGAACUGUGGAAGAAUAACUGACACAAAUGGAGCAUUUAGGGACUGCAUAAAUGUGGUGGACCCGUCGCCUUUCUUCCAGAGCUGUGUGUUUGAUAUGUGCCGUUAUGAGGGACUGCAGCAGGCCCUUUGUGACCAACUUCAGGCUUACACUGAUGCUUGCCUCAGUGCAGGUGCACCUGUCCAUCAGUGGAGGGAGCCAGACUUCUGCCCUCUGGAAUGUCCUCCAAACAGCCAUUACUCCAUAUGUGUGAGCUCGUGUCCGGAGACAUGUCUGGGUAUCAAUGGACCACCGGGCUGCAGUGAGAAGUGUGUUGAAGGCUGUGAAUGUGACCCUGGCUUUAUCCUCAGUGACAACAAAUGUGUUCCUCUUAAAGACUGCGGCUGUGUGGACUCCUCAGGCUCCUACCAUCCAGUAAAUGAGAGCUGGUAUCUGGACGGCUGUACGCUGAAGUGUACAUGUGAGGGUGGAGGAAAUAUUCACUGUUACAACACCAGCUGUCUUCCUACUGAGAGCUGCCAACUUCAAGAUGGAGACUAUGUCUGCAAACCAAAUGUGAACUGCCCUCCAGACUCCGAGUACAUUGAUUGCGGCCCAGCCUGUAUUCCUACCUGCGCAGAGCCCUCUACUAACUGCUCUGGUUCUUGCAUCAGCGGCUGCUUCUGUAAACCAGGAUUUGUUUUCCGUGGUCGGCGCUGUGUUCGUAUUGAGCAGUGUGGAUGUCUGGAUGAAGAAAACAAUUACUUUGAGCCUGGUGAGAUCAUAUUUGGAGAUGGCUGUUCCAAGUUGUGUCGCUGUGCUGGCAACUACACCUUCGACUGUGUGGACAACACCUGUGACCCUGUGACAGAAGAAUGUCGGGAGGUUGGUGGAGUGCACGGCUGCUACCCUAAAGAAACCUCCACCUGUAUUGCCUCUGGUGACCCCCAUUAUAACACCUUUGAUAACCGGCGCUAUGACUUCAUGGGAAACUGUUCUUACCUGAUGUCCGAGGCUUGUAACAGCACAGACGUGCCUUACUUCGCUGUGUACACAGACAAUGAGAAUCGCUACAACAAUCCUCAUAUCAGCUAUGUAAAAGCAGUUCAUGUCCAUGCGCUGGGAGUCGUAGUGUCCAUUCUGAAAGGAGGAACCGUUCAAGUCAAUGGAACUAAUGUAAACAUUCCUCUGAGUCCUGUCAGUGGUGUUGACAUUUUUAUGUCUGGCAAGCACUACACAGUGGCCUUGAGCUUUGGAGUAACCGUACGUUAUGAUGGAAACCACUAUAUGGACAUAAAAAUGAUCAAGGACUAUGAGGACAAACUUUGUGGACUGUGUGGGGAUUACAACGGAGACCCUCAGGAUGACUUCCAGACCCCAACUGGUGAACUAGUCCAAAGCCCCAAUGACUUCGGCCACAGCUGGAACACAGACCCUGAGUGUAACAAGCCAGAGGUUGGCCCAUCCCCAGGAUGUACAGAUGCUGAGCAGGAGUUGUAUGAAAGGCCUGCUUACUGUGGUAUCAUAUUGGACAGCAAUGGCCCAUUUGCCGCUUGCCAUCCAAAAGUCAACCCCAAUGGUUUCUUCCAAGACUGUCUGUUUGACGUUUGUGAGCUGGAUGGUGCUCAUUCUGCUUUGUGUGAAGCAAUAGAGUCAUACGUCAAUGAAUGUCAGGACCGUGGAGUCACAAUUGGACCCUGGAGAAACAGCACCUUCUGUCCUCUGAAAUGCCCACCCAACAGUCACUUUGAAUCGUGCGCACCAGUUUGCCAGCCUUCCUGCACUCCAUUUCCACCAAGUCAGUGCAGCGGGCCUUGUUCUGAAGGAUGUGUUUGUGACCCGGGAUAUAUCCUCAGUGCUGGCCAGUGUGUGAAAGAAGAAACAUGUGGUUGUAGCUAUAAUGGAAAUUAUUAUCAGCCAGGCGAAGAGUUCUACACUAAGGACUGUGAGCAACAGUGUAAGUGCGACCCCCCAUUUGUAACCUGUAAAGCUGCCGACUGCCCACCAAUGGAACAAUGUGGAGUACAGGGUGGUGUAAUUGGGUGUUACCCACAAGAAUCUCAAGAUUGUAUUAUCUCUGGUGAUCCUCAUUAUAACACUUUUGAUGGCAAAUACUACAGCUACAUGGGCACUUGCACCUACACUCUGGCCCGCACCUGCAAAAACAACACUGGCCCCUGGUUCUCCGUAGAGGGUAAGAAUGAAGAGAGAGGAGUUUCUGGCGUUUCUUACCUGAGGAAACUGUACGUGACUGUUGAUGGCAUCACUGUGACACUGAUGAAGAACAAGAGAACUCUGGUGAAUGGACUCAGGGUGUCUCUUCCUCACUCCCCAUCUCCACUCAUUUCGCUGUCUCUUGCUGGACAAUAUGUUAUCCUCACAACUCCGUUUGGCCUGGAGGUGCAGUGGGACGGCAACCAUUACGCCAAGAUCUCAGUUCCUAGUUCCUACUAUGACCAGAUGUGUGGCCUGUGUGGGGACUACGAUGGAAACCCCAAUAAUGAUUUCACUAAGCCAGAUGGCUCCCAAACCGGCAGCUCAAGUCAGUUUGGUGACAGCUGGCAAACCGAUGAGGAUGAGGAUGCAACGUGCAAGCCAGACCCCGGGCCUCAACCACCCUGCGAUCCUGUGCUGGAGGGUGUCGUGUCAAACCCAGAGAACUGUGGAAGAAUAACUGACACAAAUGGAGCAUUUAGGGACUGCAUAAAUGUGGUGGACCCGUCGCCUUUCUUCCAGAGCUGUGUGUUUGAUAUGUGCCGUUAUCAGGGUCUGCAGCAGGUCCUUUGUGACCAACUUCAGGCUUACACUGAUGCUUGCCUCAGUGCAGGUGCACCUGUCCAUCAGUGGAGGGAGCCAGACUUCUGCCCUCUGGUAUGUCCUCCAAACAGCCAUUACUCCAUAUGUGUGAGCUCGUGUCCGGAGACAUGUCUGGGUAUCAAUGGACCACCGGGCUGCAGUGAGAAGUGUGUUGAAGGCUGUGAAUGUGACCCUGGCUUUAUCCUCAGUGACAACAAAUGUGUCCCUGUUAAAGACUGCGGCUGUGUGGACUCCUCAGGCUCCUACCAUCCAGUAAAUGAGAACUGGUAUCUGGACGGCUGUACACAAAAGUGUACAUGUGAGGGUGGAGGAAAUAUUCACUGUUACAACACCAGCUGUCUUCCUACUGAGAGCUGCCAACUUCAAGAUGGAGACUAUGGCUGCAAACCUCUUGGUACUGGUAUUUGCUCAGUUUCUGGUGACCCUCAUUAUAACAGCUUUGAUGAUAAAGUACAUCACUUCAUGGGUGCCUGUUCCUACACUCUCACUAAACCCUGUAACGAGACCUCGGGCUUGCCAUACUUUUCUGUGGAGACACAGAACGAGCACAGAGACAAUAACAAGAAAGUGUCUUAUGUAAGAUCUGUCAUCAUCAAUGUGCAUGACACAACCAUCAUUUUGGGCAAGGGUCGCAAAGUUCAGGUGAAUGGAGUUCAGGUCACUGUGCCUGUCACACUGUCAAAUGGUAUUAAGAUCUUCCUAAGUGGCAAAUUUGUGGUGCUCGAGACAGACUUCGGAUUGCGUGUCCGUUUUGAUGGAAACCACCAUGCAGAUGUCACCUUGCCUUCCUCCUACAGUGGACUGUUAUGUGGACUCUGUGGAAAUUUUAAUGGUGAUUCUAAUGAUGACAACAUCAAGUCAGAUGGAACGCCAACAGACAGCACCAAUGAGCUUGGAGAAAGCUGGCAGGUGCCUGACGACAGACCAGAUUGUACUCAUGGUGGAGGAGACAUUGAAUGUGAUGACAAGAUCGAGAAUGAAGCACAGAAACCUACUAGCUGUGGCAUGAUCACCGACCCCAAUGGAAUCUUCAAGCCAUGUCAUGCAGUGGUGCCUCCCAAUCCUUACUUUGAGAACUGUGUGUUUGAUCAGUGUGGCACUGGUGGCGCCACAGUGGCACUGUGCCAAGCUAUUCAAAGCUAUGCUGAUCUGUGCGCUCAAGCUGGGGUGCCAAUUAACUGGAGGAAUAACACCUUCUGUCCUAUUAAAUGUCAGGUUGGUAGUCACUAUGAGUCAUGUGGUUCAGCCUGUCCAGCCAGUUGUCAGGACCCUGGAUCUGAAGGCACUUGCUCUGAGCCCUGUGUUGAGGGAUGUGUGUGUGACCCUGGGUUUGUCCUCAGUGGGGACAAGUGUGUGCCCUUCAGCGAGUGUGGUUGCACUGACAAAGACAACAACUAUAGGCCUGUUGGAGACAGCUGGUUCACAAAAGAUGAUUGCACAGAGCGCUGUGUUUGUUCACCUUUCAAUACAGUGACAUGCGAGGCAUGGCAAUGUGGUCCCGCUCAGGAAUGUAAGGUCAAUGAUGGUGAACUAGGCUGUGUGAACACAGGAGUGGGCAUUUGUCACAUUGCUGGUGAUCCUCACUACUACACUUUUGAUGGCAUCAUGCACACCUACAUGGGUACCUGCACUUACACGCUGGUGGCGAUAUGCGACACCUCUAUGGUGACACCCUUCACCAUUGUGGCCAAAAACGAAGAGCGCGGCCAACCAGAAGCUUCGUAUGUUCGCUCUGUGACCGUCUACCUGCCCACUGCCAACAUCACUAUCAGCAAGAAUGGAAGAGUACUGGUGAAUGAACGCAGGAUAAAGACCCCCUAUGACAUCAGUUCAGCCAAGGCGCGGGUGUUCACUAGUGGAGUAAACACCGUACUGGACACUGACUUCGGCCUGAUUGUGAAGUUUGAUGGAGUGCACCAUAUUGAAAUCACAGUGCCUGGAGACUAUUUCAACAAGGUAUGUGGAAUGUGUGGUAACUACAAUGGAGAUUCCUCUGAUGACAACUUGAUGCCUGACGGCAAGCCAGCCAGUAAUGUCACUGAACUUGGUAACAGCUGGAAGGCAGAAGGAGACAGUGAUCCCGGGUGCAAACCUGACGAACGGCCUGAUGACAAACCCAACUGCAACGAGAAUGAGGAAGAAAUGUACAAGUCACAGUGUGCGGCGUCUAUACUAUCUGAUCUCUUCAAGCCCUGUCACUCUCUCAUUCCUCCAGAAUCUUUCCUGGGGAACUGCAUCUAUGACAUGUGCGAGUAUAAUGGCAUGCAGUCGACUCUGUGCGAUAACAUUGAAGCAUACGCCCAGGCCUGUCAUAGCGCUGGAGUCAUGAUCAGCUGGAGAAACAGCACCUUCUGUCCUCUCCCGUGCCCACCAAACAGUCACUAUUCUGAGUGCACAGCACCAUGUCCUCCUACUUGCGCCGAUCUCUUCCCCGUAUUCUGCCCAUUACCACCUAAUAGUUGUGUCGAGGGCUGCCAGUGCAAUGGAGGUUUUGUGCUAAGUGAUGGCAAGUGUGUUCCCCUCUCAAGCUGCGGGUGUGUUGACAGCAGUGGAGAGUAUCAUGAUGUGGGAGAUUCGUGGAUAACUGACCACUGCGAACAGAGGUGCAGCUGCAGCCUUGGAGGUGUGCUGUCCUGCACGUCCUUUGAAUGCAAUGACAACUCGAUCUGUGAUCUUGACAGCAAUGGAGACCGUUACUGCAAACCUGAGAAAUUCGAUGACUGCAGUAUUGCUGGGGACCCUCACUAUCGUACCUUUGACAAAUACAAUCACCACUACCAGGGAGCGCAUACAUAUGUAUUAACUCAGAGCACCACUCUGCCCAGCUCCCUCACCCCUUUCAUAGUGCGUGGCAAAAACCAGCGGCAAGGAGGCAUCGGCCGUGUAUCACUCCUGCGCGAGGUCUAUGUGGAUGUGUACGGCAUUACUGUUCGCAUGCAGCAGAAGAAAAAAGUGCUGGUCGAUGGAGAGAAAGUCGGUCUACCGUUCAGUCCUGUACGUGGAGUUAACAUAAAAACAAAGUCUCGCUAUGUGAUGCUCACAACUGACUUUGGCCUUUCUGUGCGCUUUGAUGGCAAUGCUCAAGGAGUGGUGACUCUGCCUAGUGUAUACAGAUCUCGUGUGCUCGGUCUGUGCGGUAAUUAUGAUGGAAACGACCGUAAUGAGUACACAAAACCAGACGGCACAGUGACCCGCAACCUCAAUGAGUUUGGAGACAGCUGGAGAGUGACUGACAGACAGGCGGGUCUUCGUACCACAUCUCUACCAAAGAUGGUGCACCUACACAAGCGUGAAGUGGAGGCCGAUCCAGAUUCAGGGUUUGAUACGACAGGCUGCACAAAUGCUCAGCUGGAGGAGCUGAACGGGAAUAAAAUGUGUGGGGCUCUCAGUGACCCUGCUGGUCCUUUCGAUGCCUGUCAUGCUGUGAGCGCUCCGGAUGUCUUCCAGGAGGACUGUGUGUUUGACCUAUGCGCCGACCAGGGCAGUGAAGAGCUGCGCUGUGAAAAUUACGCCGUCUAUGCUCGGGCUUGCCAAGAUCUGGGUGUCAAACUAGGGCUGUGGAGACAAGAAUUGAAUUGCGGUCUGCAGUGUGGGCCCAACAGCACUUACUCCCCCUGUAUGACUCCAUGCCCGGCGUCCUGUGCAGACCUGGCGGCUCCCUCUGAGUGUGAGCAAACACAGUGUGUGGAGGGAUGUCAGUGCGCCACUGGCUUUGUCCUGAGCGACCAAGACUGUGUGCCUUACAGCGAGUGUGGAUGCACUUUCCUCGAUCGCUACUAUCAGCUGAAGGAGACAUUUGUGACGGAGGAUUGUUCACAGAGUUGCGAAUGCACUACCACUGGUGCAGCGUGUCAAACAAAGGGCUGUGGAGACAAUGAGAUCUGCACUGUGUACGACACCAAACGCGACUGUUAUAGAUCGACUCCAUGUUUGAGCUCACCCUGUCAGAAUGACGGUACCUGUGUGGAUAAACCAGAUGGUUCUGGUUAUACCUGCACUUGCGCUGAAGGUUUUGAGGGAACAGACUGUGAGCUCUUUAAAAUCCCCUCCGAGGAAGGCCUGGAUCGAACAGCUAUUAUCUUGAUCGGAGUCCUCGUGCCACUUGGCGUCAUCCUCAUAGUCACAGCAAUCGUGUGCAUUUACAAGAAGUGCAGCCGCAAAAAGAUGAGUUAUGCUUCAAGUACAUUUGAGCUGAACAAAAAGACAGAUCAUCCUUAUGAAACUCUUGAUGAGGGCAAGCAGCAGGGAACAGACAACAGUGUGCUGAAGGCUACUACAUUCUGAAGCAAAACCUCAGUUUUUUGACAAUGAUUUGCUGAUGAGAUUUUGUUUAUAUUUAUUCAUUUUAAAUGUCUUUGUGGAAUAUGUGAACUAACCUCUGUUAAUAUUUUACAUUUUUCAGUAACUUAUUUGUAAACUUCAUUGUAAUUUUUGGUGUAAGCUGUGUUUUGAUUUGGGGAAUGAGUGCAAUUAUCAAAUGUCUAUGAACAUCUGAUGUGAAAUAAAUUAU